AAACGAUGGCAUCCGGAUACGGCCGACCUUAUGCUUGAGUGGGACGUUUUAAAACCAAACAUCAAACAUGGAUCUGGUUGCGCUCAAAACGCGCUCUUCUACGAGCACCGAACAACGCAUGUUACGCGGUUGUGCGCUAGUUUUUAAUUGACCUUCGCGUUAUGUUAUAACUGUGACAUUGUCAAGUUUUAUUUUUGUAACCAAAUAAGUACAUAAACAACAAAAACUAAACCGUUUAUGGAUUAAAUUUAAACAUAGUAAUAAUGCGGUUGUCAAAUGUAAUUUUUGCGUGUAUGUAGCGUGAAUUAGUGUUUUUUAGCUUUUGGAAAUAUACGUAUCGAGCAUAUGGAAAACAGCUAGCAAAAACAUGUCAAAAAGUGGAUAUACAUGUGUCCGCUACAUAUUCUGCUGGCUGAAUGUUAUUCUUUUGAUGACAGGAUGCGGCAUUUUGGGUGUCGGCAUAUGGCUGAGGGUGGCAUACGAAGGGUAUGCUACCCUACUGCCCCAGUAUGCAAUGCUGAGCGCUGACAUUUUAGCAAUUGUUGUGGGAAUAACAGCCUGUAUUCUGUCCUUUUGCGCUUGUUGCGGAUCUUGGAUGCAAAGCAGGUUUAUGUUGAUUACGUUUCAUUGUUGUGGCGUUCAAAAUUAUGAGGAUUGGUACAUGAUAGAUGCUUGGCCUACAAAGAAAUGGGUUCCGGAUUCAUGUUGUGUUCCUGCUGUUAAGUUCGGGGUAGCAGAUGAAUGCGGACGUUCAGGUAUUCCUGACUACUGGUUCCCAAAAGGAUGUUCUGAUCAAGUGAAGAUGUGGUUUAUUCAAAGAUUACAUAUCGUUGGAGUUGUAGGCCUUGCAGUUGCUUUCAUUCAGCUGUAUGGUCUCAUAUCGUCGAUGCUGUUAUUUUGCACCGUAAAACACAAGCGAAGCUCGUACACUUACAAAUCUUACGACAUGUAAGCCAGUGAUGAUAUCGUCAGUGAUGAUGAUUACAGUGAUCGGUGUGCGUGUGUGUUUGCGUUCGCAUAAACUUUGUGCGUGCGGAUUCGUUAUUUUUGUGUAGAUUUACUAACGCCAGUGUUUGCUUUUGUUGACCUAAAAAUACUACUAGCAUUCGUUGCCAUAAUAGUAAACCCGAGUGGUAAAUAUAGCUUUAAUUGGUGUCUAUGUAUGAGAAAUUGAGCAAAAGGGUAAUUCCUUCUGAUCUUCUUUAAUGGAGAAGAAAUCAUUUAUUUACCAACGUUUUUUGCUAUUAAAUUUAAUGUCUAAGGACCUUGCGUGACUAAGAGGUUUGUAAAUUCUAAUUUUAACAUUUUGUAAUAACCAAAAUGUUCGACUAAAAACACCAAGAAGAGGAAAACUAUACAAAACAAUUACAUGUACAUAGAGAGUUGAAUAUGAAUAUGGUUAUACAAUAAACUAUCGUAUUUUGAACUAAUAAAGUAUGGUAAUUUAGUAGCUAAUUUUCCUAAUAGAUGAGAUUUAAUGACGCGGGUCCUUCUCCCUAUUUCUGGCAUGAAAAUAGUCCCAUUUCCCAGUGAUGAAAUGUAACACAUCAGUUAGCAACAAUAGAGAACCAGUUAUUAAAAUUUUUAUCAUUCAUAGAAGUUAACUGGAAAAUCCUGUAUGUUUUACAAUAAUUACAAGAACAGUGACUAGAAUGAUCAUCCUUUCUACAAUAAAUGUGAAGCCUCAGCUCUUAGUACAUUUGAACUAUUGUUUUCCGUCUUUUUCAGAUUUUAAGAGUAAGUUAAAAAGCUGUUCCGUAUGUUUUUGAUGAAAAAAUGAUUGUACUGCAAGUGACUCCGUAGUCCUUGCAAUAAUAUCCCCCCCAUCCUUAUCCAAUGGACUUUUUAUUUAUUAUUAGAACAAAAGGUCUUUUAAGUUCCUUAAUUACGCUUCUAACUUUAUACAUAUAAUUAAUACCUUUUGAAUUAUGUAUAGGUACCAAUUAAAAACAUAAGGUACAAAAUGUUAUUAAAGGUGAAUUUUAUUUGAUAUAUCAAGUACAACACAUGGUUUUUAUUUACGUUUUGUUUUCAUAGCUUUUUGUAGUUGUGUUUUAUUGAUCGUUUGGA